GGAACCAGGAAGUGACUGCCGGAAUUGGAGUAUCCGCUGUAUUUUGCAACGUCUGGGUGAUCUUAUUGAGUAUCUUUAAACCCAGGAUUCCUCAUUAUGAUUCUUGGUUACAAUCCAGUGUGGCAAGCACUGCUAGGAACCUUAUUGACGUGGGGAUUAACAGCUGCUGGCUCAGCACUUGUAUUUAUCUUUUCCAGUGGGCAGAGACAAAUCCUGGAUGGGAGUCUAGGCUUUGCUGCAGGGGUUAUGUUGGCUGCUUCUUACUGGUCCCUUCUUGAACCUGCAAUUGAGCUAGCUGAGGACUCUGGGAAGUUUGGAGCCUUGGCCUUCCUCCCUGUAGCUGUUGGCUUCACUCUGGGAGCAGCAUUUGUAUACUUCACUGACCUCCUGAUUCCAUGGCUGGAUAUCAGUAUGUCUCCUCAAACAUCAUUGGCUUUAAAUUAUGAUUCAAGAGUGAUUAAGGAGAAAUAUGAACAACAGGUCCCGGAUCAUCAGGAGUAUGAAAAUGAACUGUCCAUCCGGAUAGGUAGAACAGCUUUACACUCAGACAAAGGUGAAAAUGGGGAACCAUAUCAAAGGAGGAAAGGUGUUGGACAUAGUCAGCCAGAUCUUCCUGCAGUGUCCCACACUCUCAAAGACAACGCUCCUGUUCCAGCAAGCAGCAGUUGGAGGAGGAUCAUGUUGCUGAUUUUCGCAAUAACAAUACACAACAUUCCUGAGGGUUUGGCGGUUGGUGUUGGAUUUGGUGCUGUUGGGAAGUCACCUUCUGCAACUUUUGAAAGUGCAAGGAAUUUAGCCAUUGGGAUUGGCAUUCAGAAUUUUCCAGAAGGGCUGGCUGUCAGCCUUCCCUUGCAUGGGGCCGGAUUUUCAACAUGGAGAGCCUUCUGGUAUGGGCAGUUGAGUGGCAUGGUGGAGCCCCUAGCUGGGAUCUUUGGUGCUUUUGCCAUAGUGCUAGCAGAGCCUCUCCUCCCAUAUGCUUUGGCUUUUGCUGCUGGAGCAAUGGUAUAUGUAGUGAUGGAUGACAUCAUCCCAGAAGCACAGAUCAGCUCCCUAAAUGGCCAUCUUGACUUCAAAAAAAUCCACCUAAUCUCCACAUUGAGAUCUGAGGAUAUCUGAUAAUUUUCUGAACUGACAGUUUAGACAUGAAUGCUACAUGUCAGUGGCAAUGGAAAGCUGGCUUCCUGGACAGCCAUUUUAGGAUUUGUGGUUAUGAUGUCCCUGGAUGUAGGACUUGGAUAAUAAGAAAAAAUGCCUUUUCUCAAACUGACCUUCAAAAUGCAUCAAAACAGGAGAUAUUGCACAGUAGAAAUUGCAACUGGACUAUUGUAUUUUACAUUAUUGUGCGGAACUGAGCUGGUAUUGAUUUAAUUAUAUUGAUUUUUCAAAAUUGUCAUAAUAUAUAUGGGGUUGAUCUUGGGAAGCAGGUUUUUUGUGCAUUUGUCCUUUUGCCCCUAAUUAGUUCUCUUUCUUCAAGGCUGUUAAUUAUGAAGUAUAAUCAUGAGUUUUCAAGAGUUUUUUUAAAAAAUUCUUCUCAUUGUUGAGGCAGGUUUCUAUAAAUGUAACUGUCCAGUGUGGUCUAUAAUUGAUGGUCUUUGCUGUAUGUAUUGUGUUGUACGGAACAGAGUGGGGCAGCCUCAGAGACCUUCAAGGCUUAUAGUCUUCUAUUGACACACAGCGACCAACAACACAGGUGUGUUGAGUUUUUUCUUCAGGGAUUUGGAAAUAUUUACUUUUAUAAGUUGCUGAAAUAAAUAGUAUCUUUUUUUAAAUAAUCAAGAGCAUAGAUAGGAUUUUAGGAGAUUUAGUUGGGCAGCAAGGCUGAAUUGCUAAUGUGCCCUUUACAUAUCCUCUACUAAACAUUUCUCAGCAGUAAAUCUCUGCAGGUGGAUCAGAGUCUCUUGGCAAUGUAUAAUUUGUUCUGCAUUGUCAUUGCAAGUAAUAAAAGGCAAUAGCAUUUUGUUUCAUUGUUUAAACUAAUAAUAAUAAUAAUAAUAAUAAUAAUAAUAAUAAUAAUAAUAUAACUGUUCUAAACAUUUUUCCACCUUUGGGUAUAAAUGUGAAACGGUCUUGUGUUAAAAAAAAUGUAUUGAGGAAUUGCACUGUCUUUCUGAUGGAUAUAAAGAUGGCAUGACUCAACAAAGGUUAAUAUAAACAAAUCAUUUUUCUAACAAUCUGACAAAUCGUAAGUGUGUGCCAAGGCCCUUGUAUAAGAAAAUAAUAUCCAUGAGGCCAUACAGUCCGAAUACAUCUGAAGGACUAAACAAUUUUACAGAUACAGCAAGAGAACUUAGUAUACGUAUGGAAUGUACUUUUGACUCAGGAUUGUUUGCUUUACAUCUCCAGUAUUCUUCCAAACGAAACCUUGAGAAUUGUGCUUGAAAUCUGUCUCCCCAGAUGUUACAGUGGAGUUUGUGCAAAUGGAUAAUAGUGCCAAUAGUAGCCCCAUUCCUAGCCUAUACCGUAGUGGUAAUUAGUUAGGCUCUUCUGAUAAUUUUUAGUGUUCCAGGAGAGAUGGAAUAUAAGAUGAUCGCAUCCAGAUCUAAGUGAAUACUGUAGAGUAAAACUUUCUAAGAGCUGUGCAACUUCCCUUAACUGGCAUGAACGAUUCAUGAACAAAAUUAAAUUAUAUAGAAUUGUUUCUUCAUCUUCAGGAAGGGGUUUGUUACUGCGCACAAAGCCCAAUACAGAAUGAUGUUUGUCAUUGAUUUUUUUAAAAAAAAAUCUGAAUAAAAAGGGAUCAAUAACGUGUGUGGCUGUAAUGGGCCAAUUCUUUAUUCUUCUGUUCCCGUCCCACUUACUUUUUCCUGACUUACCAGACUCUUCAGCAACCUUUUAAUAUAUACUACUAUUCAGACUCCAAUGAAUUCGAGUUUAUCAGACCUUUGAUGUCUCUGCAUAUGCUGCAUUUGGUAGGUGAUAUUUCUAUUAUAAAAAUAUAAGCCAGUGUCCAUUUUAACAACGUAGUCAAGCUGAUUCUACCCAUUGUUAUUGUUUACUGGCAUUUGUCAUAUAACUGCUUAAAAUAUCACCCAGUCUGCUUUCUGAUUUAUAAAGGAUACACUGAAGAAUGAGCCAUUCUUAUUAGAAAGUCUGCAUUUCUGGCACCAGAAAACAUCUGGCCCUUCGUUCCCUUACAGACCCAUGACUGAUAUUACUAUAUUCCUUGUUCUACCUCGAGAUGCAAACUGAAAGCCAGUGGGGGGGGGAAUUUCUAUCAGUUGCACCCUUUGAAAUGUCUGCGACAUCUGGUGUUCUCAAUUUGUUCUUUCAUAACAAGUUAAAAGCAAUUUACCAUCAGGAGCCUUAGUCUUAGGGAAGGUUAAAGCUCUAGGGAUCUAGAAAUCUGGGCUAUUUGUCCUGUCAUGGUUGUUUUCCUGAACUUCAUUAAUACAGAAGGAUUUCUGGGACCAUGUGUUUUGAUUUCUCUUGAUAAGUUAUAGAGAAAUGUCUAGGGGUUUCUAAAAUAAAGUGACUCCUGGAGGUCAUCGAGUGAUACAGUGAUAUCUGGAAGAUGGUGGAAGAGCUCUGGCUGAUUUCCCCCCUCCCCCAAUUUCUUCUUGGGAUUUUGACAGAAUUAUAAGUAGAAGUGAGAAAGGAAGUUUUAGGGAACCACUUUGCUUCUAUUCACACCGUUAAAAUUUGACCAUUUUGCUGUGGAAUUUUGAGGUUAUGAUCUGGAGGUACUAAUUGCCUGGCUAUGUUACAGAGUAACAAUUAAUGAAAUGUUCUUCAUAGACUUCCAGCUGAUCUCAGUUAAUAAUGUGUUUGAAUAGGGUGACAUGUUCUCCCGCCCUUAAAACCAGAGAUAAAAUUAUGAGAAAUCCCUGAGGUUGGUAGCUUGCUUGCUUGCUACUACCUUGUACUUUACUACUAAAAGGUCUGGAUGUGCCUGAGAAACCAGGUACAACUUCACAGAGAUUUCAUUCAUUUCAUUUAUUAGAUUUUUAUACCGCCCUUCUCCCGAAGGACACAGGGCGGUUCACAGCCAAAUAAAACAGUAAAAAGUGCACAAUAAAACAAUAGUUAAAAAACUUAUUAAAUAUAAGGCCAAAUUAAAAUCCAUUUAAAACCAUAAAACCCCAUAAAAUUUAAAUCCAAAUAUUAAAAACUACUAAAAAUUUCUAUGCCAGUCCUGCGCGAAUAAAUAGGUAUGUCUUCAACUCAUGGCGGAAGGUCCGAAGGUCAGGCAGUUGACGGAGUCCUGGGGGAAGUUCAUUCCAGAGGGUCGGAGCCCCCACAGAGAAGGCCCUUCCCCUGGGGGCCGCCAGCCGACAUUGCUUGGCAGACGGCACCCUCAGGAGUCCCUCUCUGUGAGAGCGCACGGGUCGGUGGGAGGCAAUCGGUAGCAGUAGGCGGUCCCGUAAGUAACCUGACCCUAAGCCAUGGAGCGUUUUAAAGGUAGUAACCAACACCUUGAAGUGCACCCGAAAGACCACAGGUAGCCAGUGCAGCCUGCGCAGGAGUGGUGUUACAUGGGAGCCACGAGCGGCUCCCUCUAUCACCCGCGCAGCUGCAUUCUGAACCAACUGGAGCCUCCGGGUGCUCUUCAAGGGGAGCCCCAUGUAGAGAGCAUUGCAGUAAUCCAAGCGAGAUCAGGAGUCACAGGGUCAAAUCCAUCCCAAACAGUCUCAACAAGACGAGUCUCCGACCUCUCACCUGGAUCUACCCAAUUUUGAUCCAACCCAUCCCGAAGCUGAACGAUUUUAUCAUAUAGAUAACCACUAAAAUCCUUGGCACGCCCUUGUAAGGGGUCCUCCCGCACCUCAUGUUGAAGGAGAGAGCGGGUCACCUGAAACAGGGUGGCCGGGCGGUUAUCUGCCGAUGCAAUGAGGGAGGAAACGUAAAAACGCUUCGCUUCCCUCAAUGCCACUAGGUAGGUCCUACUAUAUGACCUAACUAGUGUCCGGUCAGCUUCCGAACGGCUGGAUCUCCAGGCACUCUCUAGGCGUCUUCUCCGGCGUUUCAUCUCCCUCAGCUCCUCAGAAAACCAAGGAGCUGGUUGAGACCUGCGCCGGGUCAGAGGCCGCAAAGGCACGACACGGUCUAGAGCCCCAGCCGCGGCCUGUUCCCAAGCCGCGACUAGUAUGAAAAGGAUGAGAUUUGCUCUAAGAAGCAACAUAAGGAAUAACUUCUAGCCCUGUAUCUGUAGACCAACAUUCCAUCCUGCUUCUUGGUUAAACAAACCUGGCCAGAAAUGAGCAAAGAAAAGGGUUGCAGCCAGCCUGUUGAAGUGCCUUUCUGCACUGUUUCCUGUCCUCUUUGCUCUCUUGUUGCUGCUGAGUCAGUAAGGAAGUCUGUCAGG